AUUGUGUUGGAUAAUCUCUAAAAACAGUCACACCGAAUUCGUCGUGAAAAAUGGAACGUUGGGUAGGAAAAGUCGCUGUCGUUACCGGCGCUAGUUCUGGAAUAGGGGCUGCAAUAGCAGAAGCACUAGUCAAAGAAGGACUAAUUGUUGCUGGAUUCGCCAGAAGAAAGGAAAGGAUCGAAGAACUUGCGAAAAAACUACAACAAGCUAAUGCUAAGGGAAAACUUCACGCGGUCAAAGUUGACAUGACAAAAGAAAACGAAAUAAUCGAUGGGUUCAACUGGGUUAAGAAAAAUUUGGGGCCUAUACACGUCCUUGUAAAUAAUGCAGGAGGAGCAAGAAGCACGACAUUAAUUAAUGGUGAUACACAGAGAUGGAAAGAAGUAUUUGACGUUAACGUGAUAGGACUGACUAUAGCCACAAGAGAAGCUGUUAAAGAUAUGACGGCCAACAAAGUAGACGGUCAUAUCAUCCACAUUAACAGUGUUGUUGGUCAUAAGGUGAUAAACGUACCUGGUGUCAACGUCUAUCCUGCCAGCAAGUAUGCUGUGACAGCUCUCAGUGAAACUUUGAGGCAUGAAUUUAUACAAAAUAAAUUAAAAAUUAAAAUAACAAGUCUGAGCCCAGGACACGUGGACACUGAGUUUCGUGAUGCAGCUGAUCUUAAAGUUGACCCUAGCUCGAUUUUCGCAAAAAUCAAAGGCUCAACUACUGAAGAUAUAGCAAACGGCGUUUUGUACGUUCUAGGAACCCCUCCUCACGUACAAAUCCAAGAACUGACAAUUACAGGGAUAGACGAACCGUACUGAUUACGCUUUAAUACACAAUUUCCAAUGUCAAUUUAUUACAAAUUUGUAUUUUGUUUUCCUUUUAUUCUAUUUAUUGUAAACAAGUCAUUUAGCUGUUAUCAAAUAGAUAUUUUUUAAAAUA